AUGUUUAUUUUAACGAAAAAAAUAUCUUUUAAAGCUUUUAAGCAUUCCAAUAGAUUUGAUUUAAUUACUGGGCUAUGCUUUACAGCAUUAUCUUACCAAUAUGCCCUUUUUCUUUUAUUGAUAAAGAUGUUCCCCCAUUUCCCAAAAUAUUUUAGAGAAACAACCCCUGAAAUUCCUUUUAGUAAAGAUUUCUUCCAUCAAAAAAUUGCAUUCCAUAGAGCAUAUGAUUGUGUGGAGCCAUGCAAUCACCUAUAUAAUGAUCUCCGAUAG